AUUUUACAUUAAAUAAAAUAUAUAUUGCUCUUGCAAUUAUUGCAUCUAAGGUUAAUUUACGAACUGUAAUCAGUGAUUUUACGUUUUUGCUACUUUAAAUCAAUCUAACAACGCUAUGUGAAUUAUAAAUUGUUUUGCUUAUUAGAAUUAAAUAAUGUAAAUCUGGCAAUGCUGUUGAGUUCAUUCAAUAAUUCUAUUGAGCUCAAUGGUGUUGACGCGCCUGCGUGUCAAAAAUAUUUCUAUUGAUUCAUUCAACCGGUCGACGGCUGAUAUCGACCCGUCACAUAUCGUGUGUCGUUUUUCAACUAAGAAAUUUUUGUUUUUUCGUCAACUUAGUUGAAAGACUUAACGUGGAAUUGUGAAAAAUCUGUGUGUUCGCUUUCGUUUUUAUCUGUAGUGUAGUAGUGAUGGCCGGACAAACGAUAAACGAUCGCCUGUUGGCGGCGAAGCACAGCCUUGCGGGUCAGGGUCUGGCGAAAUCGGUAUGUAAGGCAACCACCGAGGAACUCCUGGGGCCUAAGAAAAAGCACUUGGAUUACCUCGUCCAUUGUACCAACGAACCAAACGUUUCUAUACCUCACAUGGCCAAUUUACUGAUAGAAAGGUCACAGAACACUAGUUGGGUGGUCGUUUUUAAAGCUCUUAUCACCACCCAUCACUUGAUGUGUUACGGUAAUGAACGGUUUACACAAUAUCUAGCCUCGAGCAAUACAUCUUUUCAACUUUCAAAUUUUGUGGAUAAAUCAGGAGUGCAAGGUGCUGUAGGUGCACGUACAGGCUAUGACAUGUCCCCAUUUAUAAGAAGGUAUGCAAGGUACAUAAAUGAAAAAGCUCUCUCAUACAGGGCUGUAGCUUUUGACUUCUGUAAAGUAAAACGGGGAAAGGAGGAGGGUACCCUGCGUACUAUGAACACAGAAAAUUUGCUGAAAACUCUACCUGUAUUACAGAACCAACUUGAUGCAUUAUUAGAAUUUGAUUGUACAGCAAAUGAUUUAACAAAUGGUGUCAUUAAUAUGUGUUUCAUGUUGUUAUUUAGAGACUUGAUAAGAUUAUUUGCAUGUUAUAAUGAUGGUAUUAUUAAUUUACUUGAAAAGUAUUUUGAAAUGAACAAAAAGCAGUGCAGAGAGGCAUUAGAUUUGUAUAAAAAAUUCUUAAUUCGAAUGGAUAGAGUAGGUGAAUUUUUAAAAGUAGCAGAAAAUAUUGGUAUUGAUAAAGGUGAUAUCCCAGACUUAACUAAAGCACCAAACAGUUUGUUGGAAGCUUUGGAGCAACAUUUGGCAUCAUUAGAAGGAAACACUCCCACACAGGCUUCAAGUAAUCAGAAAAAUUUAAAAUCAGGUGUUUCAGCUCUUUCAACUACAAGCAAUGCUUUUGGAUCAGUGGCUAAUAACAAUCAAUUAGAUGAUACAACAAAACAAGCUGCACUAGCUGAAGAAGAAGCUGCAAUGAACAAGUAUAAAUCAUCUGUUGGCUCUCCUACUGCUGCAAGCACUAAUCCAUUCCUCAGUUCACCUACAAAGGCUACUCCACAGACCCAAGGAGAUCAAAUAAUCGACUUAUUUGGUUCAGAACCAGUUACAGCUCCAGCUCCACCAUCUGCACAACCUUCCAAAGCUAUCGAUGACCUACUGGGAUUGGGGAAUCCCUUUGCAGACUUUUCUGCUCCUACAACAACUGCUUCAGACUUCUUUGGCUCACAGACUUCUACAACAACCACCAAUAAUUUCUUUCCCACACCAGCAACCAUGGGAGCAACACGUACAACCAACUUUUAUCCUAAUUCAGCACCUUCUGCAACCACCCAGAAUAAUAUGUGGGGUAACGGAUUCACUAGUCAGCCGGCUUCAUUCACGCAGCCCCAGCAGCCGAAUAUGUUUGCUGCUAGUAAUAAUAUCAGUGUUGCCAAUGCAAAUAACCAGGCGAUGCCACCUAGGACCCAGGCCCAGAAGCUUCUCACGGGUGAUUUGGAAUCUAGUCUGUUGUCUCUAGCAGAAAAUUUGACCAUAGAUAGCGGCAGUCGAGGUGGGACAGUGCAAUGGAAUUCGCCCAAAAACCAAGCAAAAUCUGGAUCAGGUGUCAAUUGGCAACCCCAGGCGAUGGCUGCAACCACAGCUCCCAGUUAUAGACCCAUGGGUGCCGCGAUGGGUGUCGUUCCAGGAGGUGUUCCAAUGCAGCAGUUUCCCAUGGGAAUGCAACCUGCGAUGGGCAGUCCGAAAAUAGGGGGUACACCACCUCAGCAACAGGUGAAGCAAGAAGUCAGUUUCGAUCCGUUUGGUGCUUUGUAAAUUUGUGAAGAUGCCUAAUAUUUACAAUUAGGGUUUUUCUUGUGUUCGAUAGAAUACUCUAGAUCCCCUUUUAAGUACCAACGGUUACAGAUUUUUGUUUUUCAUUUGCGAUUCGUUCCUAUAUACAGGGUGUGCAUAAACAAAAAAACAAAAAAAUAUGUAAAAAUGCCAUUAUUUAGUCUAUAUAAAGAAUGAGUAUUGUUAGGUAAAAAAAGCCACCUUGACUAGACUGAAAACAUUCUUGCGAGGUAUUGCUUGUACUGUACUAAUAAAAGGAGCUCAUUUAUUGAUUAAACAACGAGUAUCAACUGCUGAGCUCUCUCUUUAUCUCUAUUCUAUUAUGCCAACAUGUUUUUCCAUUUCUGGCUUAUAAUACUCAUUGCUAAUGUUAUAUUACAUUAUAACAAAUACUGGAACGAUGUUUUUAGAUAAUAUUCUCUGUGAUUUCUGUAGAUCUUUAGUUUUAGUAUGUAAUAAGGAGGUGUAAUGAUAUAAGUUGUAAUAAUUAUUGUUGACGUUAUUGGGCCAUUUUGUUUGUAAAGGUCAUAACAGAAUGCUUGAAAAUUAUCAAAAUCGGUAAUACAAUUAGGUAAAAUUUACUGUUUCGUAUUAUCUGGUUUUCAAUUAAUGUUACAAAUAGCCAUAAAACAAUAUUGGUAAAAUGUUUAGACCGUUUCUAGAAAAGAAAAAUCUAUUAAUACUUACAUAUAAACUUAUCAGUGAUACUUUAAUGAUAGGUAAAAAAUAUCACGUCAUUGUAUAUAUAAUUGUUUAUGAUUUAAUUAUGCAGAAAAUUAUUGAAAAUCAUGUCAAGGUUUUUUCAUAUAGUGCGAAUACUACAUUUUGUCACACAAUACGAAGAUUUAUUUAAUAAACAUAUAUUUUUAUAGUUUCAAGAUUGUUAAGUUUUUGCAAUUGGCCUUAUUAACUUACAUGAUUGCUUGAUAGUUGAUGAAAGUCAAUUUCCAUGAUGACUUCGAAUGAAAUAAACUUGAAACCAUCAGAAGUUGAAGGGUGCUUUUUGAAGGAAAAGGCUUUUUAACUUUUAAUGUGAAAUAAUACUGAUACUAAUAAGACAGCGUUAUCAAAUUUGAGAAAGUGUAAUGAUUCAUUCAUUCAGUCACCUUGGAAAUUAACUUUCAUAAAUGAAGGGCCAACACAAUCAACUUGUCUUAUUAAUUUAUUUUUUCCCAUUGUUUAUCAGUUCAUCACCUAGAAAGUAUGUAACAGUAUUGCUAAAUGGAAGCAGACUGAUCCAUUUAACUUAUAUAUAAACAUUGAAAUAGUGUGUCAAUUGUUUCCCAAUUACAUUUAUUUUGUUUACUAAUAAUAUUUUUAAAUUUCCCAUGUUAGCAAUUUCGAUAUCAUUUUUAGUACAUACACAGGGUGAUUAAGAAAUUAGAAUCAAUUAUUAUAUCAGUUAUCGAGUUUGUUGAAAUUGUUAUUAUGCUCUGAAAAUUUAUAUCGUGCGAUAAGAAUUAUAUAACCAAUUUUAUUUGAAACCAUAAAGGUUUUAUGAAGGCAUUGUUUUUUUAAUUGACUUCUAGCUUUACUUUUUGGUCAUACAAUUUAAAAAUAAUAUAAGUAAUUGGUAAUUGUCAAAACCUUGCCAAAAUUACGAUAUGAUUACAUAUUUCAAAUAAUUGGUAUUGGAUUUAAAGAAAUAUUACUUUUUCUUAAUUAUUUCGUUGGUUCGAUAUAUCCAAUAAAAACAGGUGUAUUCAGACAUCAAAUGCUGUUGUAGAAAUUUAUUUAUGUCCACUGGUUUAAAUAGGUACAUUAACGUGACAAGAGGAACAAUGUUAAUGGAAAUCUUAUUGAUACCACUUAGGUUAAUUUUUUCGUCCAUAUUACUUGCAUGUAUAGUGAGUUACAGGGUGUUCAGAUUUCGUUUUCACUUUCUUUCACGUUUCAAUAAUGUGAUAAUUUUUCGAUUCUGAAAAGAUUCGUCAUAUAUAUGUAUGUUUUCUUGAAUAGGUAGUCUUUUAGUAAAUUGAAACGAAAUCUUAAUAAGCUGUACAUUACAUUUCCAGCACCAUUUUCUGCAGUAUUUUUUUGUUUGUUUGAAUUAAGUGUCGUCCACUAAUUGCAAAUUAUUUUGAUAAUUAGACACGUGUUGUCGUUUGGCCAUAAAUAAAUCUUAGUUAAAAAGCAGAUAUUGUAUUUGUUUUGGCGUACUUAAAUUUCAUUGAAAAAUUGGAUAAAAGUAGCAGACAUUGUGGGUAUUAGGUACACAUAAUUUUAUAUAUAUGCUAUUGUGGCAUGUACCUAUCGGGAGAGAUUUUUUUUUUAAUGGCUGUAAUUAAAUACGGGAGCCGUCUGUGUCGGUACUGCCUCUUCCUCGUGUUACUUCGAAGAGUGACGACCUUCUGUUUAAUGACUGAAUAUCUCUUUCAUUGUCCAUAGCGUUGAUUUAGUGAUUCAUGCAUAAGUACAACGGUUUUGAUUUCGUGCAAUAAAAUUAAUAAGUUAAUAACUUGAAUAAAUAUAUUACUCUUCUAAUUGAAAUGACGAGUAAUAUAAACUCGACGAUGACUGUUUCUAUUUAUGAGUUUUUUCGUUCUUUUAGCUUCGCUAUUCUUAGAUUUUUGCGUAAAUGAGUUUUCCUAAGGUUCAGCAAGGUCGUUAGCUUGGGUUUAACGAAUUUAAGUUAGAAAUUACUUUCAUGGAUUUUCUGCUCGUUUGUACUGUUGAUUAUACCAAAUUUACAAAGCGAAACAAAUUUCUUAUUUACCACUCUUUUUUUUAAGUACGCUUUUCUUUUAAGUGAAAUAUAACACGAGUUUGCUUAUGUACGAUAUUUACGGUAAACUAUUUUAAAUUACGUAAAAGCAAAAAAGAAAGAAAACUAAAUAUAAUUAAUUGUUUGUUUUACUUUAAAUUAAUUGAAGUUUAAUUGUUAUCUUUGGAUUUCCUAAAUUUUCUGUUUACGUUGUGGUAUAUUUCGUCAUACAUACGACCAAUUAAAAUAAAAGUAGUCACUACAAAUUAAAAUAUUAAUUCUCCUUUUUGUUGUUAUGAAAUCGUGAUUAGUUUAUUUAGAAUUAAAGUGUAAUUAUUUAUUCAAAAAAUUGAACUGUGUAAUGAAGAACAAGAAAAAAUUGUGUACAUAUGUUUUAUAUGUUCUAAAAGCAUUGGUUAUUUUGCUUUUGGAAGGUAGAGGCGGAUUAAGUGGGUUUCAUGUUUUCGAUAACGUAUUGUUUUCUUGGGUAUGAGUCAUUUCAGUUGUACUUUAACAAAGUACUUAAAUAAUUGUAAUUUAAUUUAAAAAUAAUGCUUACGGUUUAUGUAAUUUUUUCUUGGACUUACAAAAACCAUAUUAGUGUCUAAGUACAGUCUACAAUUAUUCCAGUGCGUACCUAUAUUUUGCUUGAAGGACUAGGAUCAAUAAGUCCUAAUUUCCUUCACAAAAUUAAAAAAAAAUUCUGCAAGUAGGUUAUCUGUCUGAUAGCAAAAUAACGUUGGAAGAAAAGGUACAACAAUUUUUUAUAGCACUCUAAACUAGGCUAAUACGUUUUCAAAAAAAAUGUGCAUUUUUUAUAGACGUUUCACGUAAUUUUUAAAUAAGUUGUGCACUGAUAUGAAAACAUUAAAAUAUUACUGCGAAUUUAUUUGGACAUCUAAUUUAGCGUGCUAAUAAAAAGUUAUCGCAUCAUAUCCUUACAAUGCUAUUUUUUUUUAUCACCUAAGAAAAUGUAUAAAGUGCAUCCAUAUUUUUUCAAUAUAUUUUUUCUUUUUUUUUUUUGGACCGAUAUAGGUCCUUAUUGAUCCUUAUCUUUUACAUAGCAUUUUGUUUGGCCUUUUAAGGCCACCAUUUUAUUAAUAGAGAAUGGCGUUGGAAUGUUGUAGCUGGAAAAAUAAGGCUAUUAGAAAAUGUACACAUAUUAUGAUAUAUAACUUUAGUUAAAAAAUGUAAAAGUAAUUUAGCACACAUUUGUAUGUAAAAUAAGUUAAUUUCAACGUGGUUGAAUAAAAGAAGUGUAGAUAAGGUACAUAGGUACAUAUGUAGGUAAGUAUAAUUGAGGAAUACAUAUUUUUGCUGGUAGUUUCGGUCCACAAAAUUGUAUGGGGGAGUGCAUUAGCCAUGAUGUUAUUGUUUUGUACGUCCCAUUUUCAUGUAAUUACUCUGUAUGUAUAUGUAAUGUAGUUAAAUUAAUUCCAAAGUAUAAAUAAAUAAUAUAUGUAUACUUAUCUAAAUUUAAGUGAACAAUAUAAAUGAGUAUUUCUACUUAGCUUGAGCGUUUAGGAGCAAUUAUUGUAAUUGUAAUCAGUAAACGGACAAUAUUGAUGAUGAAGAGUAUAAAUAUUGUUAAUAAUAAACUAUAUGCUUUUA